CGCUUUCCCACUUUCAACGGCGAAGAUUCAUGACUUUUGACAAUGACAUCGUCCAACUUCGUACCGAUUUACAAACUUCAUAUAACUCCAAACAUCAGCAGACUUACUGACGGUUGAGAGAACGCAUCAAGGGUCUCAAACACAAAAUAGCCAAAAUGUCUCUCACGAAAGUCAAGCAUAUUGUCCUGGUCCUUUCAGGCAAAGGUGGUGUUGGAAAAUCAUCCGUCACUACUCAGCUUGCCCUUUCUCUUUCGCUCGCGGGCCAUUCCGUUGGAGUCCUGGAUGUUGACCUUACAGGCCCCUCGAUUCCGCGUAUGUUCGGUAUCGAAGAUGCCAAAGUGACACAAGCUCCUGGUGGUUGGUUGCCUAUUACCGUCCACGAAGCUGACCCGUCUGCCGGCAUUGGAUCCCUUCGCGUCAUGAGUCUCGGUUUCCUUCUUCCCAAGCGGGGUGACGCCGUCGUUUGGCGUGGGCCAAAGAAGACGGCCAUGGUUCGCCAGUUUUUGUCCGACGUGUUCUGGGACGAGACCGACUAUCUCCUCAUCGACACUCCUCCUGGUACCAGCGACGAGCACAUUUCUUUGGCGGAGAACCUGAUGCAAAAGGCACGACCAGGCCAACUUGCUGGAGCCGUUGUGGUUACCACCCCUCAAGCUGUGGCAACUGCGGAUGUUAGGAAGGAGCUCAACUUUUGCACCAAAACUAACAUUCGAGUCCUCGGUGUCGUGGAGAACAUGUGCGGCUUUGUUUGUCCCAACUGCAGCGAGUGCACAAACAUUUUCAUGAGUGGCGGAGGAGAGGUUAUGGCCAACGACUUUGGCGUUCCUUUCCUUGGCCGCAUUCCGAUCGACCCUCAGUUUCUCGUUCUCAUCGAGACAGGCAAGAGACCAACAUACCCAGCGGGCACCAUGGUCGACGGAAAAGAUGUCUCAACUCCUGCUGGAGCCAGCGGAACUGAAGAGGAAGGGGUUAAAGAUGGCUCCAUGCUGGUGCACAAGUACAAGGACUGCUCCCUUGCACCUAUCUUCAGCAAAAUCACCGCCGAUGUGAUAUCUGCUGUGCAACAAUGAAUGGGAGCUCGUUCUACCCAAGGACAUUCAC